CGACCGCCGCUCUGUGCCACUCCGGCUCCGCCCCCGCUGGGUGUUUGUGGUGGGGCUGCGGAGUCGCCGAUCCCGCCGGAAGCGCCAGGACAAUGGGGACCCGGGACGACGAGUACGACUACCUAUUCAAAGUGGUGCUUAUUGGGGACUCGGGCGUGGGGAAGAGCAACCUGCUGUCACGCUUCACCCGCAACGAGUUCAACCUGGAGAGCAAGAGCACCAUCGGUGUGGAGUUCGCCACCCGCAGCAUCCAAGUGGACGGCAAGACCAUCAAGGCACAGAUCUGGGACACAGCUGGCCAGGAACGCUACCGCGCCAUCACUUCUGCGUACUACCGUGGCGCAGUAGGCGCUCUGCUUGUGUAUGACAUCGCCAAGCACCUGACAUAUGAGAACGUGGAGCGCUGGCUGAAGGAGCUGCGGGACCACGCAGACAGUAACAUUGUCAUCAUGCUGGUGGGCAACAAGAGUGACCUGCGCCAUCUGCGGGCUGUGCCCACGGACGAGGCCCGUGCCUUCGCAGAAAAGAACAACCUGUCCUUCAUUGAGACCUCAGCCUUGGAUUCCACCAACGUAGAGGAAGCCUUCAAGAACAUCCUCACAGAGAUCUACCGCAUCGUGUCACAGAAGCAGAUCGCUGACCGCGCAGCCCAUGAUGAGUCCCCUGGCAACAAUGUGGUGGACAUAAGCGUGCCGCCCACUACCGACGGACAGAAGCCCAACAAGCUGCAGUGCUGCCAGAACCUGUGACCCCCGCGCCUGGCCCCGAGCGUGCGUGCUCGUCCUCGUCCUCCCGGCCCCCCACCACACUGUCCUCCCCACCCUCUGUCCCUCUGUGACGGGCUCGCUCCUGCCCUCCCAGCGAGCUCCCCGAGGAGCCAGAGUUGAAUGGUGCCUCCCAGCCCGGCCUAGCCCACCUGAGGAAAGCUAGAAGCCCCGCUUGCUGCUCCUGUUCCUCGUGGGUCCCAGGGGGCACCUUGGUGGGUGGGGAGAGUGGCAGGGUGCACGGGGCUGGUCAGGGGGCAGGAGGACGGCUUGGCCGAGCACGCUUCUUGCAUUUUCCAUGGAAGAUUCCCAGGAGCGGCUGCCUCCCUCCCUCUCUGGCCACUUGGCCCAGCCAGCCCCUUGCACUCACCCAGAGACCCUUCCAGGUUGACUCCUGCAGAGCCAGGCACCGAGGGGGACCAGGGCAGGCGGACAUUCUUGGCACUCAGCGUCCUGCCUGCUCCCCACGUACAGGCCGACACGCCCUCACCACCCUCUGCGUGUGUGCCUCCAGCUCCUGCCUGUAGAUUUCCGCUGGGAGAAGACCCUUCUUCCCCCGUCAACCCCCUUUUUUGCACGCAGCACGCUCUCCGUUACCCCCUGCCCCUGUCUUGUCUCCCCAUCUGGUUCGGAACCUGUUUGCAAGUGAAGCAAUAUCUCCGUGUUUUGUAUAUACAACCGCUCUUGUAGCCUUUGGUUUUUGUUAUUGUAGAGAAACACAGAUUCUUUAUACACUUUGUAAGAUUGACGCCAAACCCUAGCUCUCGACCUCUUAUUCGCCCUGUGGCCCUGCACUGUCCCCCGAUGCCUCGCGCCCAUGACUAAAAUGUAUAAUCCGA